CGGAAAUGAAUUCGAAGUAUAGAAAAUAUGAUAUAUUUUUUUAAAAUUAAAAAUUCAUUUUAAACCUAAUGUAAACAGUUCUAUGUGGGUUGCUCAUUCCCUCGCCUUCUCUCCCUCUUCCGGCUGAUCUCCCUCCCUCAACCUCCCCGCCGUCGACCCUUCCGCCACCCACUCUCUUUGACGACGCCUCCUCAGCCUCCCUCUAGUUCCUUCUGAUUUGAAAUAUUCCCGAAUUCAAUUUCCUAGCGGAGGGACUUCAUUUCUUUGGUGAUUUUUCAUUCGACCAAGCAAUUUCGUUGUCAUGGUUGGUUGGCAGAGAUGUUUACGGUCCAUGCUUGGCCAUUUGCAAAACAAAGUGGAAUUGAGUUACAAUGCAGCUUCCAACUCUAGUUAUCGUUUGCAAUCUUCUCUUUCAAAUGGGGAAUUGCCUUAUUUACAGAGACUUUUGAAGCCAUCCUCAGCGGUCAUUGCACAACCUGAUUUUCGGUGUCUCCAACAAAUGGGAAUUUCCAGUUCAAGGAUGCUAUUGGCAGAUAAACCUGAGGAAGCAGUCUCAUCUCCUCUGACAUCUGCUUUGGCUUUAAGCAGCGGAAAAGAUGGAGAUAAAACAGACCAAAAAGUAAUCUGUAAACGUUCCCAAGUCCAAGCUGUAUUAAAGGGAAUCAAACAGAGUCCCAAAAAGGUCAACUUAGUUGCUGCUCUAGUUCGAGGCAUGCGCGUUGAAGAUGCACUGAUGCAGUUACAAUUAACUGUGAAGCGAGCUUCAAAAACUGUUUAUCAGGUCAUUCAUUCAGCCAAAGCAAACGCAACCCACAACCACGGAAUGGAUUCAGAUCGACUCCUUGUUGCUGAAGCAUUUGUGGGUAAGGGAUUGUUUCGGAAAAGAUUAUCAUAUCAUGCUAAAGGAAGAUGUGGAGUCGAAGUUAAACCAGAAUGCCGACUAACAGUUGUUCUUAGGGAGACAACACCUGAAGAAGAGGCAAAGAUAGCAAAGCUUAAAGUAAGUAACUUCCGCAAGCUUACCAAGCGUGAACACCAACUUGUACCUCAUAAGCUUAUUGAGACCACACCUAUCUGGAACCGGAAGGGCAAAGCCAAAGCGAACACAGAAUGUUGAAAGGCUUUGUAGUAUGAUAAUAACUGCUUCCAGUUGAGUUUCCUAAUCUCUUUCUGCUAAUGGUUUAAUUUCAUGUCCUUUUGUUCUAGACAAGUUAGUUAAGCAGGAAAAGGGAUUUUGAUGUGGUAAAAUGUCCUCCAUUAAGAAUAAAAUGUUCUUUAAUGACAAUUUUUAUUCAUUUUACCCAGCUUAUUUUUAGUGACUCCCUUGAUCUCUUUUCUUCGCCCAUUUCAAUUAUGAGAUCUUCCAAGAAAGAUUUGUACGUCAUAUCUAA